GAUUUUCUCACCCUAAGUUAUUAUCGACAACGUCGAAAGCCGUUGUGGUCAUUGCGUGAAGAACCAUCCAUAUAGGUGGCCGAUGUGAGACCAAUUCAUCAGGCAAGGCCCAAAUCACUCGUUUAGAGGCCUGUCCUAGUCGAUUCGGUUUGGUGAGCUUGGAUGACAGACGAAAGGAGCUCGAAACGAUCAGAGCGAAAGUUAGUGCAGGACGGAACAGCCAGUCUAUGCUGUCUGUGUGUUGUGCUAUAUCGACAAUAUGAGGGCGCAAGCUAUUGGACUGCUCUCAGUCGCAACGCUUGUUCCUUCUAUUGUCGGUGUUGCUGUACCUAGAGCCCCAUCCGAACCUAAUCAGCCAAACCCUCGGCGCUUUCCACUGAAUGAAACGGCCAUCGCGACUGCCCCAGACGGCAGUACCACUCGCUUGCUAUCGAUAGCAUCAACGUCAAUAACACAAGUGGAAGAGGAAUUUUCCUCCCUUCCUGAGCAAGCAUCUUCUACAGAAGUUAACUUGUCAACAGCAGCAGAGACAAGUUCUGAUUACUCUGUUCAGAAAGUGCCAAUAACUUCACCGUUGGAUCAUGUGGCCACUUCAUCUCAGAGCACUCGAUUUACUCUAGAAACUCAUCUUCGAUCUUUCUCGGAACCUUCAGCUUCACAUUUCAUCCAGACAAUUCCUAAAUCUGCUGCUCUGGCGAAUGGCAACCCGUCAGAUCAUGAUAGAGAUUCAAGCUCUGUAGCAAAUCAAGCCGAUCUCCAGGCUUCGGCUCAGAGGAGACCACACCAGGGAUUUGCACAUUCUUUUACACAAGCCGCACCCAACAACACCAAACUGAAAACGCAAACAUGCGGCCCUGGUUACAAGUCUUCCUGCGGAUGGAUUCCCUCGGUUACGUCGAAAGGAAAUGGGACAUACACACCUGGACCAUGGACGUCUGGUACAUUGACGCUGAUAGCACCAACGUCAGUGUUACCGUGCACGACAUUGCAGGAUAAUGAACCCAUCACCGAGUAUUCCAUCGUGUAUACAUCAACGAUAACGUUCUUUGGAAACCGCAGUGAUUACACGCCACCCUACCCUACUAUCAGUACUCCCAACAUUUGCGAGACAGAGGCUCCAAGCCCAUCAUUCUCAAAGAUUGUCCCAUCCCAUGGCUCCGAGGAGUCUGGCACAUUCCCAUGGCCAGGCUCUGAAUUAACUAAGGAGCCCCCUCAAGGUUGCUUACGGGGGAAAUCUUGUAUUUCAGAAAAGCCUCCUGGUUGGUCGAAUCCGACAGCCGUUCCUGGAGUGCCAGGUUUAACUAUGUCAAGUUCGAGAAUGACUGUGACAUUCAUAACGACUGACAAGAACCCGGCGGUUGUAUUCCCUACAGAGCCGCCGCCGCACUUCGACCGACCGACUGAUGGAGGGGGUCUCCCUAUGAGUAACAAACAACUGCCCCGGCCUUCCAAAGCACCAGGCUCGAAUCACCCAGAUUCUUCUGGAGGGCACGGAAAGUCGAGUCCUCAGUCAGGGCCACAGCCUGACGUGAAGCCGCGACCUUCAGCAGAAUCUGGACCGAGGCCAACAUCAGGACCGCAGCCAGUAAUCGAGCCACAAGGGGGUCCACAGCCCCAAUCACAGCCUGACACCGAACCUGAACCCCCUAGGAAGUUUUUUGUGACUGCCAGGGGUCAAGAAGUCAUUGUCAAUGACAAGACCUUUUCCAGUCUCAGACCAGAUCAAACAACAACAGUUACUGUCGAUUAUGGAACAUUCACAAUUCGCCCAACAGAAGUGGUUGGUGAAGGAGCAACAGUUAGGAAACCGCAGCCUGUAGGUACUGUGAUUUCCGUUGUCAGCCCUACAAGUGCGACUAUUGGAAAGAUACCUGUUACUGUUUCGGGCACGGAAGCUAUUGUGGACGGCACGAGGCUCAAAAUUCCUCUUAUGGGCACGACCACAAGGCUUCAAGUUUCUGUCGUCGGGUCAAAUACUAUUGUGGAGGAGCGACAAGUGUCCAUUGCGCCUGGUAGAGUGGUGGUUGAUGAUGAAACACUUACAUACCAUGGGGUCGGUGGUCCUCAGACAGACGUGAUCAUCGGAGGUGGUGAGAUGGUCACUGCAGUUGGAAAAUCUGUGUUUGUCUUUCACUCUACGACUCUGAUAUAUGGAAUUGGCACCCCCGUGACAACGGAAACAAUAGAUGACGAUACUAUCACUGUUGGGCCAGAAGGUAUUGUUGUCGACGGAACAACUCUAGGCGGGUCUGACGCUGAGCUCACUGACACCAAAUAUCGAAUUGUUGGUGGAGCGACCAUCACCAAAGUCAACCCUUCAUACGCGAUAAUCGAUGAAACGACCUUCACUGCCGGGCCUGGUGCCAAGAUCACAACAAAAGAGGCCGGUGGUGAAACCAUCACGAUCGGGCCCAGCGGUAUUAUCAUCGGCACAAUGACAAUAAAAUACCCCUUCGGGGCUUCAACUGUGACCACCAUCGAGGCGAAAGCAACAGCGUCUGACGAGUUACCUGCUGCAACAGGAACCGGCAACAACAAUGCCAAAGAGGAUGGAAAGAGUAAGAAAGACGAUGACAGCGGUGGGAUUUUACGACGGCCAGGUUUGGCAACAGGAAUGACUGGGUUAUGCAUAGCGUUUGGCAUUCUUAUAACAUCUUGCACUUCAUCGAACACGAUGUCUUAUAGUGCUCGUCUAUUGGCUCAUCAGUGUAUCAAUAGUACUGUGCAGAUAUCUUGUGCACGGUCAGCAUCCUUAUCCCCCGAGUUCCAAGCCUUCAGCUAUAUGCAACAAGAGCCUCUCGAGAAUACAGAACAUUUGAUUCACCGAGACAACCCUUAUAAAACCUCUCUCUCCCAGCAUGGCCCCCUUCACCAUGACCCGCGUGGCCUUCGCCGAGUCUACUCCGGAGACUCAAGUGGCGCUGAACCGGGCUCUGCACUGGCACUCCGCCGUCCCUCCGGCCAUGACGUCGAUGCCGACUUACUCGAUGAGGAGCUACGUCGACUGAGUUUGGGUCAUCGCUCGACUGUUCGACCUUCAGCUCCUGGCCAGCGCAUCUCCGAGUACGAAAAUGCAAUGACACCGCCUACUCCAAAGAAGGCACUGGGCUUCAAGGUUAUCAAGCGCUCCGAAACUCCCUCUGAUGGUGUGCAGCUUGAAGAGUUCCCAAACGAGAUCUUGACACAUAUUCUUUCGCAUCUUCACUCCGAUUCGCACGCCGCAAUUGCUCUCGUCUCCAAGCGAUUUUAUGCCCUCAUCACCAGUUCUCAUGCUUGGCGCAUGGCCUUCCUACGAUUCUUUCCAGGUCAUGAAGCACUUGAGGUCAAGAAAAAUGUGGACAUGUGGGCUCACAGCUCGCACGACCUGAUACAGUCUGAGUCUCGUUAUUUCACUCGUCUUACCCCCAUGGCGUCAUGGAGAAAGGAAUACCUUCUGCGCACCCGCUUGAUUAGAAGUCUGGCUCGUGGCAAACCAGGCGCAUCCUUUGCCUCUGGAGGUAUUGGCGCAUCUGUUCGUACCGGGAAGAAAACCAGCGCUGUGUUGACGUACAACUCCAAGCUGCCAUGGGCUGUCACGAAUAUUCACGCUGUCUUCACAAACGGAAAGAAACCACCAAAAGCUAUCCACGGAGCUGCCGACCUGGGAGUAGCUUCAGUCAGUGACCCUACCAACGGAAGGAUUGAGAAAUGGGGAUUCGUUGACCCUUUCAGCUCUAUGCAACUUGAUGAGGUGUUCCCCAACCUUGUUCCCUUUGGCUUGGGGGAGGGUCCCGCAGCAACUCCCAAUGUCCUCGAUGUAAGCCAGCCAUAUGGCGUUCUUGCAGGUGAAGGAUUCCCGGGCGGUCGUCCCUACUACCGUCCUGUCAAUGAGAACCGUGGACGAUAUCUCGGUGCGGAUUCUGGUGUUGUUGACACCUACCCUGAUAUCCCUAAAAUACCAGAAAUGUCUGAGGCAGUCUGCAGUGUAUGGUUGGCCAAAUCGCCGAAUGUGCCAACAAAUACGCAGUCAAUGAUUGGGAUGCUGACUGGCUCUACCCUUGGUGUCGUCACUUCAUACGCUCUUGGAACCGACUCUGGACCGCAACGAUACCAACCUGGAGAAGUUACUGCGCGUUGGGUGCUUAGUCCUGGCUCUUCAGCCAGGGUAUGGAUCGUUGCGCUCAAUGCUCUGGGUGAGGUAUUCUAUCUGACUGAAACACCUACUGUACAAAAUGCAACUAAGAGCGAAGAUAUCACCAAAAACGCUUGGUUCGCUGGACGCUCAGUUUACUGGCAUCUAUUGGACUCCACUCGACGCGUUGCUCGACCAGAUGAUUCGGACAAGAACGCCAUCAAAGGCGCAUACUCGCCUCGGUCACCUUCCAACUCUAUGAGCCUAAGUAAGAGUCAGUUGGCUGCUGAAGCACGAGAAAUUGAAAAGUUCUUGCGCCAAAAACCUGCACACUUCCGAAGGGUUUGCGAACGAUGGGAUAUGCAGCGCAAGCUGGAAGUCGAUUUCGCCAAUGAUGACGGCCAUGGUGCUGGUGAAAACAUAUUUGUCAUCGAUUGUGGACUAGCCGAAGACCGCCCUGCACACGUCGAGCGAUACACUCGAUCUUUAGUUCCUCAAGAUGCACAAUCAUCAUCAGUCGUGUUGGCUCCCACGCCUCCUGAUGUCUCCGUCAGCGCUCAGCCGUCACUAUUCGGGACUACUGCGGGAGAGGUAUCACAGGGGCCCGACGAGAAGAUAUCUCAAUCCGUCACAUCUACUUCAGUGUCAUCAUUGGAUGUCCUGUCCCACCUUCAUGAGUGGGAGAGUUGCUCCUUCAGGCUGAAGGGUCAAAGUCAUGCAGUGAUCACUAGUGCCUCAAUGGACCAAUCUAGCACGUCAGUCCUGACACUCGGUGAAGAUCCUCUUCACUCGGCUGAGGAAGAAAUUCCAGGCCGCAGAUCUCGAUUGUUUGCUAUCGGCACAGACGACGGGGCUGUACUUGUCUGGAACGCUCGUGAGGAUGCUAAGGCUACGGGCAUCAGCCCGGUGCGACAAAUCCAGACUGACUCCCCAGAAGUGUCCUGCGUGGCACUCUCGGCUAUGUAUGUUGUCCAUGGCGGCAGUGAUGGACUGGUGCAAGCAUGGGACCCCUUGGCAUCAACAUUGGAUCCCGUUCGAACUCUCAACGCAAGGUCAAAUGGACGAGUGCCUCGACACAUGGUCACAAUGAACCCAACUCUGGACGAGUCAACUUACUCAGCAGUCGGUGCGAUUUAUCUUGACCCUGAUCCAACCGUCCUUCGUGGAGUCGUUUCAUUUGGUGCUUUUCUGAGAUACUGGGCGUACAGCUCUGCUAGUCACGCUUCAGGACGUAAGCGUCGGCUUAGACACUCUGAUGUUCAUGGUCGUCUGGCCAGUCGUCGUCAAGGCGGAGCAGUCAUUGAUUUUAUCGCUGCUGAGGAGGCUGAAAUCAAGAGGGAGAACGAGCAAAAGGCCAGAGAGCAGAACCGCCUGCGCAAUCGCUUUGGUGUCGGUGCGCUCGGUGACCUGACUGAAGAAGAAGCAUUGCGGUAUGCGCAGAUGGUCUCCGAGGAAGCCUUCCUUUUCGAGGAACAACGUCGGACAAGCGACUCCGCUGCCGAUGCCAGCCUGGAUACUGCCUCGACAUUCAGUGAGACCACUACUGUUGAUACCAUCACCCCUGAGCCAAGUGUCUCGGACAUGAUAACUCCCCCGUCUGCCUCCACGGAUAAGAUUGAGAUAGCGCCUGUCGAGGACGACUAUGAACAACAGAUUCAACAGGCAAUCCGCCUUUCUCUGAUGGAAGGCGUCAAUGAUAACCCCGCAUCACCCCAAGCAACGAGCUCCGGUGAUUACGAAUUCUCGCUGACAUACAAACCCAAGCCUGGCAGGAAGAACAAGACAUCUGGAACUGUGUCGCCUGGAUUUUCCAAGUCGGGGUCAUCAAACAAUAUCCAGCCUAGGGACUAUGACCUUGAACUUGCUCUGAAGCUGAGCAUGGAGGAGCAGGGUCUGUCAGCAUUUGACGCAGCGUCAGACGUUCGACGCGAUGAGUUCCCGGCGCUGGAAACUGAAGGCGUCGGUAAAGGGAAAGGGGUACAGAGGUGGUAAUUUAGUGCAUCUGCUGCAUUGUGUGUCUCGUCGUUCACAGCUUUACAUUCGAUGCCAUGGGUCAACACGGUACGUGUUCGUGCCACUGGCUUAUCUUUUACAUAAUAGGACUUUUUAUCGGCAUCUAUCCUUUCCCGCCUGAGCUCAGCUCCGUUGCUGAACGAGUAAACA